GACGACCUGUCCCUAGAAUCGACGAUUUCGCCAUGGCAACGAUGGCGAAGAGAAGUCAAGGACCGGUGUGCGAAGACACCGAGUGCAUCAUUUGCUUUGAGACUCUUGAGGGCAGGGGCGGUGCCGUGUCGCUGCCCUGCAACUGCAAAGUGGCAUAUUGCCAUCAAUGCUGGGACAGAUCCUUGGCGGCCAGCAUGUCCAGCUGCGGGGCCGCGCUCUGCCCCAGCUGCCGGAGCUCCAUGCAGGUGGACUUUGAUCCAGACAGCCGGCAGCUGACCUUCUCCCGAUCGCAAGAGGGAGGCAGCUCUGGCUUCAAGAGGGAUUGGCGCAAGCGCUUGUACAAGCAGGCAAGGCCUGCACAGAUACAGCUUCUGCAGGACUUUGGCAAGGCUUCAGCCGCCCACAUGGACACAGAUGGCUCCGAUCGGCGAAGGGAGGUUCUGACGAGAUCACUUUGCGGGUUGCACCUGAUGCGACGUGUCCGUGGAUAUAAGAUCGCCUUGACGCGCGACCAGAGGUCUCUGGAGCAACUCGUCGAGUCCUGGCGUGUCAAGCAGAAGUUUGGAACUCGGGCAAUCCCUUCCUCACCGCCACAGCAACGACGCAGUGACUACCGUUUGAUCUCCCAUAAGCCAGAAGUCCGCUGAAGAGUAGCCAUGUUUUUGAUGGGAGCCCCAUUUCUUGCUUCGCAGGAGGGUCCAAGGCAAACCCCUCGAAUCUCUUUGGUGCCCUUGUUUUCGGUUUGGGAGUGAGUUUGGUUCUCAUUAGUGCCACCUAUUUGUCCAACUGGGCGUUUCGCAUGGCGCCCUCACAGCUCGUGUGGCAGUCCGACAACGGCAAGUGCUCCACGUUGCCGUGGUCCGCGGCCGGCACCGGCGGCCUGUUACUACACCGCAGCCAGCCGUUUCUGGGGGCCUGGCUCCGCGAGCUGUGGCCUGGGGAGGAGCCGAGGGACGUGGUGGAGGUCAGCUUCUACUCACAAGGGUUCUGCCUGGUCGUCGCGUUCUUUCCCGGCGGGAAGCCGCACAGCCACUUCUUGCGAAAGGGUGCAAAUUCGGUGCGGCUGCGCUGGGAGAAGGGCGGCGACCGUGGAAGCUGUGGGCGGAGGUGGCUGGAGAGAGGCUGGUGCUGCCGAUGACCUUCCAAACUCCCGAGCCGAAGUUGGACCUGCACACGACAGAAGAGUGGGUGGACCGCUUCUAUGCUUCCUUGCUUCCCCUGCCUGGGCCUGCCGAGCUCCAAACCGAAGUCAGCCAGCUCAUGUUGGAGCUUCAGAUGGAGAAGCUGCACAAUGCGGAGAUCCAGCAGCAGCUCGAGCAGUAGCUCAGGAGAAGGAGCAGAAGGCGGAAAUCAUACAGGAGAAACAGAACCUGCAGAAGCAGCUUGACGAUCUGAUGGCUUUGCAACGUGAGAACGAGGCCCUUCAGCGGACUGUGCUGACUUCGAAGGUCCAGAAGUCAGAGGAACUGGCACAGCACAUCUUGAAGCUGAAAGAGGAUUGCGACGAUGUGUUGGCCUUCAUCCUCCCUGGCACUAGCGUUUCUCAAGAUGAAGGUCCAGGCGCAGUCACGGUGUCAAACAAUGUGACGGACUCCUUCUUUCCUGUUGGAGACCAGUCAGAUGUUCAGUCCGCCAGCGAUGCGAGCAGCCGAUCGGCCAAGUGCUUCGGGCUUCGCACCCAAUACAGUGCUGCCGGGUGCGGACGGCCAUCUGCUGCGCGUCGAGAAGCUGAGGAUUGGCGACCGCGUGCGCCUGCACGACCGAACUGACACCGCUGUGGCCGGCCUAAAGUUGCACCGCAAGAGGCCCUACGACUUGGUGGAGCUCACCACGCGCCAGGGGCGCUUCACUGUGUCCAAGGAUCUCCGCGUGGCAGUGCCUGGCCCAGCUGGGGCAUGCGUCUCAAGGGCUACGGUAACUGGAAACUGACACUUGUGGCGUCAACACACCUUAACUCACUGCGGGGUCUGCAACAGCC